AUGGCCAUGGUGCCUAUCAGUAUAACCUACAUCCCACCCCCGCCUAAAGGCGGGUCCACGGACAGCCACACCAGCAAGCCUGAGAUCAUCUUCCAGGCGGUAUAUUCAGGCCUCAUCGUUUACUUCGCUAUCGGCUUUGUGUUAGGGGCGUGUUGUCGGCCACUUAGACAACCUCAAUGGUUUACACGAGAUCGCCAGAAAAGCAGAGGUCCCGUUCGGGAUGUGCUCUGGGCGUGCGCGCUCACCACCACGUGGCCGGUCCUUCUUCCCGUGCUCGCCAUCAUCAGGAGCAUCAACAAAAGGCAGACGGGGUUGAAGAAGGCGGCAAGAUGGAAGAGGCACGAGGCGAUGUCGGAGGGGGGUGCAACAGGCGUGACGGAAUUGGUUGUUGCAGUACCUGUUUUGCCUACUGCCGGGAAGAGCGAGCGCGCAAAGACGCGGUUCGAGCAGGAUCUCGAGCUUGAGGCUUUGCCUCUGGACUCCGACGAGACGGACGAGGACGGGAGGACGAGAGGUCGCGGGUAA